AUGGAAACUCCUAGCGACCGACUCCCCCCCCAUGGGUUAAGCCGUUUCUCUCCCUUCCAGCGCCCCCGGCCUCCCCCCACAGCACCGCCGCCCCCUCUCGCCCCUCCUACCUCCUCCCUUUACCCUAUUCUCCCACGAAAGGAUCCCCCUAAGACCCCUGUCCUUCCUGCAGACCCCAAUUCACCCCUUAUUGACCUUUUGACCUUAUUGACCGGCGGCGGCAGUCCCCGAAUAUCCUCUACAGGGACAGCGGGAGGAGGAGGGCCCGGCGCCCUCUCCAAUUGCCGGUCGCCUACGAGGAAAGCGCGCGAUGAACCAGCCAAAGGGGCCACGGGUAGCAGGAGAUAUCGAUGGACCACUGAAAGAAAGGUUCAACUGGCAUCUGGACAGGUAACCCACUCUUUUCUGCAUAUACCUGAUUGCUCUCACCCAUUAUUGGGCCGAGACCUGUUGACUAAGCUCAAGGCUCAGAUCUAUUUUGAUGACAAGGGGUCGACCGUUAUGGGGCCCAAAGGGACCCCCCUACAAGUCCUAGCCCUAAAACUGGAAGAGGAAUACCGCCUCUUUGAAUCCGAGUCCUCUAAGGAGCCAUCAGAAGGGAUACAGGGCUGGUUGAGAGAAUUUCCCUCAUCAUGGGCAGAGACUGGCGGCUUGGGGCUGGCUCGUGACCAACCCCCUCUUGUUAUUCAAUUAAAAGCCUCCGCCACUCAUGUUUCAAUCAAACAGUAUCCCAUGUCCCGGGAAGCCCACGAGGGUAUUAAACCACACAUCCGGAGGCUCCUGGACCAGGGGGUACUUGUGCCCUGUCGAUCUCCUUGGAAUACCCCCCUCCUGCCGGUAAAAAAACCCGGGAUAGGGGAUUACAGACCGGUUCAAGACCUGAGGGAGGUUAAUAAACGGGUUGAAGAUAUACACCCCAUGGUGCUAAACCCCUAUAACCUCCUCUGCACUCUUCCACCAACCCAUAUUUGGUACACGGUACUGGACUUAAAGGAUGCCUUCUUCUGUUUGAGAUUGCAUCCCCAGAGCCAGCUGCUAUUCGCUUUUGAAUGGAGAGACCCAGAAAUGGGACUUUCAGGACAGUUGACCUGGACUCGGCUCCCCCAAGGGUUUAAGAAUAGCCCGACCCUCUUUGAUGAGGCCCUACAUUCAGACUUGGCCGAGUUCCGGGUCAAGCACCCAGCCUUAAUCUUGCUCCAAUAUGUGGAUGACCUCCUCCUAGCAGCCAGAACCCAAGCUGAAUGUUUGAGAGGCACUCGGGCCCUUUUGACUAAACUGGGACAGAAGAGCUAUCGGGCUUCGGCCAAGAAGGCCCAGAUUUGCCAAAGCAAAGUCAUUUACCUGGUACAGCCGGCUACUGCCGCCUCUGGAUCCCAGGUUUUGCUGAGAUGGCUGCCCCUCUAUAUCCUCUCACCAAGCCUGGGGUCAUGUUCCACUGGGGAGAGUAGCAACAGCAGGCCUUUCAAUGAAUUUAGAGAACUUUACUCGAGUCACCAGCUCUUGGCCUACCAGAUCUGA